AUGGGUGAGAAAACUAGCAAUGGCCUGCUGCUUCUGGACAAAUGUGCUGAGCACAACCAGUGCCUCACUAACUUGAUGUUCAGACUUGCAAACAACAUUUGUUGGCAAGACCAUGUCUCCAACCUGGAGGUCUUGGAUUACAUGGUGUCCACCAGCACUAAGUCUCUGAUUAUCCGAGCCCAGAUGCAGACUUUACGCGGCUGCCUUUCCAUGGCGGUGGCGGUGCUUCGGAGCCUGGACGAGCCGGUUCCCCAGGACCUGCCAGCGGCCACGGGGUUGCUGCUGGCUCCGGCCAAGGGAGAGUGGGCGACGGCCGGCCUGAGCGGCGUGCUAGUGUUGGCCGGGCUGGGGGGAGGAGACACCGGGGGAGGUCAGUCUCUCUGGGUGACCCCUGGCUGCUUGCACAGCCUGGGUCUCUUCCAAGGGGAGUGGGUAGUGCUGCGGAGGCGCGAGGGAGGCUUCCAGUGGAGCGCAGCCCGCCACUUGGCGUCUGUGCAAGUUCUCAGGCCCCGGUGGUAUUUCGCGCCCAGAGAAAUCGAGGACAGGCACCACCGAGCCACUAUUGCGGACGUGUUUCUGAAUGAGAAUGCGUUGAUUCCUGCCAGUUUGGCUUUCAACCUCUCCUGCGAUCCUUUGGAAGAGAGCCUCCUGAAAAUACAGAGAUAUGGGGAAGCUACUGGUGUCCAAGAGAUAAAAGGAAGUCGAUCUUUGCUAUCUGUGCCACCUGUUGCCAAGGAACUACACAUAGAGAUUGUGACCUCACCAACCUACAACACCAGAGGAAUCUAUGAUCAAAUUCUUUACCAGCACUUUCAAACUCCCAGGCUUGUACAAGAGGAGGAUAUUCUGUGUCUUCCAACUGUUGGCCAUCCUGAGUUCUUAGAAGACAAUUCAGCUAAGUUUAUUAGAUGGCCAGAGCUCUGCUUCAAGGUGAAAAAGAUAUUACCAGCAGAGGAAAUACAGCAAAGUAUGGGGUACUUAGCUGAUACUCAGAAUACUACUUUGUUCCUGGUAGGUUCUACAAACAGUGCUAUUCCAUCUUUUCCAUCUCAUAAUGGCUGUAGUUUUUGGAGCAGUUUGUCUCCUGCUGGGCUUUGCAGUGCAGUGAACCAGCUCUGUGACAUCCUUGGCCCUCAUUUACACUAUAGGGAAACACUGCUAAAUGGAUCUGGAAGCAUUCUUCUUUCAGGACCCAGUGGUGUAGGGAAAAUGACAGCUGUCAGAGCUGCCUGUAGCCGCCUCAAUCUUCAUUUCUUCAAGGUGGGUUGUGUUGCUUUGUGUGGUGAUACAAGUGGAUCUACAGAAGUAAAACUACACAGCGCCUUCUCACAAGCUGAGCUCUAUAGUCCUUGUGUCCUGCUGAUGAAAGAUGUAGAGCUGCUGGGAAGAGAACGUGAUGGAUUGGGGGAGGACUCCAGGGUCAUUCUUGCACUAAGGCACCUUCUCUUGGAAAGAGAGACAGAUACUAGUUAUCCUGUGCUGGUGGUAGGCACAACAACCAAGCUUGCAGAUGUCCCUUCAGAUGUGCAAACAGCAUUUCUUCAUGAGAUGAAAAUUGAAGCACCAACUGAAGAGCAGAGGAAGGCCAUUAUUAGCAUGCUAACGCAGAAUUUUCCACUGGGGAAAGAAGUAAGCCUGACCAAGCUAGCCCAGCAGAGUGCGGGCUUUGUGCUAGGAGAUUUCUGUGCUUUACUUUCCCACAGCAGCCGCGCUGCCUGUACAAGGAUACAGAAUUCAAGCUUCCCAGGAGGACCAAAUGAGGAGGAAGAAUAUGAUUUUUAUGCUGCUGGUUUCCCUCUUCUAGCAGAAGAUUUCAGUGUUGCACUAGAUAAACUCCAUGAUGCUCAUUCACAGGCAGUAGGAGCCCCAAAGAUUCCCUCAGUCUUCUGGCAAGAUAUUGGAGGGCUUCAGAAUGUAAAAAAGGAGAUCCUGGACACCAUUCAGCUUCCAGUAGAACACCCAGAGCUACUGUCUUUAGGCCUUCACCGCUCUGGCCUUCUGCUCUAUGGUCCUCCUGGAACAGGGAAGACAUUGCUAGCUAAAGCAGUAGCAACAGAGUGCACCAUGACUUUCCUCAGUGUAAAGGGUCCUGAACUUAUUAGCAUGUAUGUUGGGCAGAGUGAAGAGAAUGUCCGUGAAGUAUUUGCCAGAGCUAGGGCAGCUGCUCCCUGCAUUAUCUUUUUUGAUGAGCUUGAUUCAUUGGCUCCCAAUCGUGGACGAAGUGGGGAUUCAGGGGGUGUGAUGGACAGAGUUGUAUCCCAGUUACUAGCAGAGCUGGACGGGCUUCAUUCUUCUCAAGAUGUAUUUGUUAUUGGGGCUACAAACAGACCUGAUCUGCUGGAUUCAGCUUUACUCCGGCCAGGCAGAUUUGAUAAGUUGGUUUAUGUAGGUAUAAAUGAAGACCGAGAUUCUCAGCUGCAAGUACUGAGUGCCAUCACCAGAAAGUUUAAGAUGGACCCAUCAGUGAAUCUUCUUAGUGUCCUAGACAAAUGCCCUGCAGAGUUAACAGGAGCAGACUUGUAUGCACUCUGCUCAGAUGCCAUGAUGUUUGCUAUCAGAAGAAAAGUGGAAUGGAUAGAAGAAGGUCUGGAUACAGAAAGCUCAGAAUUCACUCUUACCAUGGAGGAUUUUGUACAAGCUGCAACAAGGUUACAGCCUUCUGUUUCUGAAACAGAGCUGCAUAGAUACAAAUUGAUCCAGCAGAAAUUUGCUGCUUGAUUUGAACAAACAUGACUGAGAGAAAAAUAUCCAUAUAACUCCAAAAAUACAGAAUAAAAGUUGGCAUGAGAACAUUGUUCCUGUUGAAGAAAUAGCAAUGACUCAGUCACAAUUUGAUGGAUUCAGAUGAGUUAGAAAAAUGAGUUGUAGCCAUGGAACUGCUGUUCAGCUGCAUAGGAUGUGUUGCAAAUCAGUCCUCAUUCAUGCUUGGGAUCAUUGCUUAUACAAGGUGAUCAGCAUCAGACAGGAAAUCUUGGGACACUAAUAACCUGAGCCUUUGAAUUCUGAGGGAAAUGUCUGUAAGUAUUUAAAGAUAUCUAAAUAAAGACUGAAUUGCUUUAUUUGGAAAACAGAAAUGCCAUUUAUGUAAUUCACUUAGAGAGAAUCUGUCGUUUCUCCAUAAAUGUGAAAUAGGAUGUGUAUGUGUGUGUGGUUUUUUUCUGGGUCUGAAGUGGAGAGAGAAUCAGCAGUACUCAGAUUUUAAGUACUCUCACUCUAGGGAAGCAACUGAGAAAAUAUGGUUGUAAUUGUUUCCUACAGCUGGUCUUGCUCACAUACUGGCUUCUCUCUGCUUUGAGGUAGUUUUACGAAUUUUAUAACCUUUUACAUUUUUGGAAAUUCACAAAGCAAGAAAUUUGGAAUUCAGGCGACCCUUACAUACGUUAACCGUCAAUCUAAAAUGAAAUGGUAGUUCUUUGCCACCCCAUUGCUAUAGGGCUGUGCAAAAAUGAAAGUGUUGCUCUUUCUAAUGAGGGGACUUUUUAAAAGAAGGCUCUUGCAUUAGUGGGUAGUUAAAAUAAAUUUCUUUGUUCUAGGCCUUAUUCUACAGGUGCAGCAGCAAAAGAUAGAAACAGGUAGAGGUGCUUACUACAAUGGACAGUGAAGGCAGGAAGUGAAUUUAUUUGAAGUUAUUUUUCCCCAUAUCAGGUAAAAGGUAACUUACCAUUUGUCUGUUGUGAUGGGAAAUUUAUUUAGAAAUUCACUCCCUGCCUCCAGAAAUAUUAUUGAUUUAUUUUGUGAACAGGAAGAAUUUAAGAACUUCACUCUACUCCUCCCAAACUAACAUUAAAUAGAUGAAAUGGGAAAAGCCAUUUUACUCUGUUAGAACCAAGCUUCAAAAGUAGGCCCAGUUCUAGGAUUCAGUGAUGCUUUACUAAUGGUAUCUGCAACUCCUCUAUUACAAUAGCUAGCUCCCCAUUAUAUCUUUGAUCAUUCCCACUAACCCCCCCUUCCCCUGAUUAGUGGGAACAAUCAUUACAUAGAAAUACUAUCUUCAUUAGUGGAAGCACUGAGGGUGAAGGGUGUGGGUGUUUUUAAAGGUCAAGGACACACAUAGGAAAUAGGUACAUGUUAGUCACUGAGCUAACAAGGGUCCUACCUUUAGUAUUAUACAAAAUAUCCUUUAUGAAUAAUUUUUGACUGCAAAUUCCCAAUGACUGGGAUUGCACAAUGAUAAGUGUACCUUAGAAUUCCCUAUUAGACUCUCCUGCUUAAGGAGAUCCAAGAAUCUCACAAGGUGUUGGAAGCAUGUGCCCUUCACACUGUGUUAGACUCAGUCCUGAUCAGCUCUGGCUAGUGCAGGCAGUAGGCAGUGAAAAGGAAUAUAGUCCAAGUUCACUUGAAGGGGCACUGAUUCCCCAGACACAAUAAAGCAUGAAAUAACGUUUUUCCCCCCUCUUUCCUUUCUUCCCAGCCCUUGAAGAUAUAGGCAUCACUGCAAUCAUUAUAGUCUAAUAUAGAUGCAAAUUAUUCAGGCAUCUUCAGCAAAAGAAGGGGGAAAGUAUCAAGAGAGAACAAUGUACAUUUUAGCCAACUAUGCAACUGAGAUUGAGAUGCAAAGCAAUCUUACCCCCACUUUCUUC